UCUUGUCUCUGCUUAUUCGUGUUUUGUCUAAAAUAGUCUUUUCCUUUAUGCAAACCGCUACUCACCAAGAGGAGAGCUGGUCUUGGGGUAGCCAGCAGGACUGGUCCCCCUAGCUAAGCAGGGUCUGCCCUGGUUGUAUAUGGAUGGGAGACUUGAUGUGUGAGCACAGCAAGAUAUUCCCCUUAUAGGGGAUGGAGCGGUUCUGGGAAGAGCAUCUAGGUCCCAAGUUCCCUCCCUGGCAGCAUCUCCAAGAUCGGGCUGAGAGAGACUCUUGCCUGCAAGCUGGGAGAAGCCGCUGCCAGUCUGGGUAGACAAUACUGAGCUCGAGGGACCAAGGGUCUGACUUGGUAUAGGGCAGCUUCGUCUGUUCCUAUGUACACCCACCUCCAACUCAUCAAAAGCUUUUGUGGACCACCACGUAAGCAAGCUGUUUUAAACAUUUUUGAAACGGCAGCUCCGUAUGGACCGAGUUGGUCAGUUUCGGUGUCAAUUUCUUCAAGCAUGGAAAUAAAAUGUGUUUCCAUCGCUCAGCGGCAGAGCCUCUGCUUGGCAGGCAGGAGGUCCCAGGUUCAGUCCCUGGCAGCAUCUCCAGUUGGGCUGCGGGGGAAGCCCUGAGCCUGAAAUCUUGUGUCCAGCGGAACAGAAACGGGUCCUGCGUCUAAAUGCUUUCCCUGGAGGGGAAAAGGCUUGUGUCUUUGAGAGAGAGAGAAAGAAAGAAAGAAAGAAAGAAAGAAAGAAAGAAAGAAAGAAAGAAAGAAAGGGAGGUGCCAUCAGUGAAACAUGAUCCCACACACCCGGUUGUGCCAUUUGUUUUUGACAAGCAGCUCCCUGCGUGGGGGGGCGGGGAGGGAGCGGCACCUGGUGCCGGGAGCUCCGUCCACAGGCGGGCUCCUCCUCCUCCUCCUCCACCCUCGCUGUGCAGAGAGAGGCUGUCCUGUCGGGCCCAGGAAUGGCUCACCUGCCCCGACAGCCCCGCCCCCCGGGCCACAGGAGGCCCCCGAUUGGCACCUGCCUCCAUCUGGGCUGAGCCCGGCUUGGAUUCGCGCAGAGCCUUGAAGAGCCGACAAACCAGCCGAGCCACAGCCAGCCGGCCUCCUAUUUGGCAGCCACCGGAGCCAGGCCUGGAGGAAGGGGCAAGGAGUGGCCCGGGAAGCCCGCAAGCCGGGGAGAGCAGGACGGGAGGCGGCCAGGUCCCCGAGGGCCCUCGCAGGACGGCGAGCCCUGGAGACGCAGGAGGGCGCCGGGCUUUGGGGGGCGGAGAGCCAGGCCUGCCAGGGCGCUCGGCUCCGGCUUCCUCUUGGCAGAGCUUGGGCGUUGUGCAAGAUGGGGGUGCGGCAGGCACUGGGCGCUUCUCUGGCACCGAGCGGCCAGGUGGCGGGACAGCCGAGGGGCCCGCUCUCCUCUUGAGGCAGACACCGGCAGCCCGAUGGCAGCAGCCACCUCCCUCGACACAGGGCGAGCUCUUGCCCUGGAGCCUGCUCUGACCUUGGGCUCCGAGAAGGAAGGCCUCCACAGGGCCCCGUCCCCUCCCGCCCCCCUUGGCCAGGCUCUGGAGGCGGAGCAGUGCGGCGGCCGCAAUCCCACAGGUGCAGAGGCCGGCCCGGAGGGGGAAGCCGCUGAGGAUGAGCCCCCGGGGCCUGAACCGAUGGCGCAGCUGCAGCCCCAAGGAGGUGUCUGGCUGGAAGACCCACCUCCACCCCUGGGCGGCGCAGAGGAAGGUCCGGGCCUUAGCCGCACCCCAUGGGGUCAUGAGGGGGCAUCCGGCCUGCCCCCUGGAAGUCCAGAAGACGCUUUGGCUGCCGGCUGCCCUGAGCCAGUUUGGCUCCCUUGCCCGGCCCAAGGAGAGGAAGACAGAUUGUUGCUGGCACCUGGCCCUGCCCUGGAAGAAGAGGCCAGCCGGACAGAAAGGGGGCCAGGAUUGCCUUUGGCGGACAGGGGGGUUGUGGCGGAAGGGGGGUCUCUGUGGGAGGGCCGGGGCCUGGUCCAAGAGGAGUCCUGCUGCAUCCAGGCGGAGGAGGAGGAGGAGGAGGAGGCCAGUGGCGAGGAGCCGGAGUGCCCGAUCUGCACGGAGCUGUACGACCGCGACCGGCACAGGCCGGCUCUGCUGAACUGCAGCCACGUCCUCUGCGGCCAGUGCCUGCGCGCCAUCAUGGAGGCCGCCAGCGCCGCCGACAUCGGCCGGGUGCGCUGCCCCAUCUGCCGCCAGAAGACGCCCAUGAUGGAGUGGGAGAUCUGCAAGCUGCAGGAGGAGCUGCUCCUGCUGGGCUCCGAGCCGGGCGGCCAGGCCUCGGCGGCCCCGGCCCCGGCCUUCCAGCCGCUGCCGGCCCGGCGGCCGGGCCUCUGGGGCCGCCUGGAGCACCACUUCCAGGUCCGCUUCCACACCACCCGCCUGGUCGGCUUCCUGCCCUGCCUGCGCUACCCGCCCUGCCUCAUCCGCGGCCUGCAGCGCUUGGAGUCCCGUUGCCGCUGCCUGUACCUCUCGCUGCUGCUGCUGCUGCUGCUGGCCGAGAUGCUCAGCCUGCUGCUGGUCUUCUUCCCCAUCGCCCUGCUGCUCUUCAUCUUCCUGAUCCUGGAGAGGUAGCCCGGCUCCUGCCCAUCUGGUUGCCUUCCUGGCUGGGCUCUCGCCGAGGAGGUGGCUUUUUGCCGGCCUCUGUGGCCUUGCUGGACCGAGCCCUGCCGAGGGUGAGUUGCACUCCCCGGAGACCUUCACCCCCCACGUCCAGCGGCACGGGGAAGAGGCUGGCCUCCUUUCGGGCCUCUCUGUUCAGGGGACUCCAUAAUCGGGAGCAGAACAAGCUCACCGACGCGCAGUGCCCUCUGGUGUCCUCAGCCGCCUCGUCCUCACGGACUGGGAGCUUUAAAUUCGCCACCACCACCACCGUCGCUUGGCUGUUCCUGUUUACAGCGGCUUCUGGGGCACACGGGAGGGCCACGCUCACGGGACGCCAACCGUCCGCGUGGGCGCCCGGAAGGCAACGGGCCGUUCCCAGCAGAGAUCCAAGUUGUUAUCUGAGUUAUGAGCGGAGAUAAAGGGCUCAGAGCUCUGAAGUGCUGGCUCCCUGGGUGCUGACAGCAGUGAGAGAAGGCGGAGAGCUCAGGCGCCCAAGCAGCGGAAAGUUCGGGGCCAGAAUUGGGGGGUGGGAUCUCACCGAGGGCCUAGAGUCUGCUGGGCUCCCGUGCCCCGGGGAAAGCGCCCUCCUCCUUCUCUUGCCACCGGAGGAGAUUCUGUGGGCUCACAUGAAGCUAGCAAACCAAAAGGGACCUUUAAGAAACGGUGGUUGUUGCUGUUUUUGUUUUUAAAAACCCAAAUAUAUUUAUAUAUAUAUAUUUGA